AUGCCCGACAGGUUCUGGAUUUUAUACUUCAAACCCCUUGCAUUCCUCGAUAUCAUGACCAGGUGCCCCAUAAUGGAAGACUCAUUUGAGGCUCGGGCUUCUUUUGUCUCUGUUAUUAGGCCUUACCCCAUGGAUUCACUUGGGGAACAAACUCUAGUUGCAUACGAGGAGACCCGAGAACAACAACUUGUGGAAGAGAUCCAUAAAAUACCUCUUGAUUUAAAAGAGAUCCCAUUGGAUGGGGUUGAAUGA